AUGACGACAGCCAUAUCAGGGACGCGCAGGCCACUGGGGCAGUGCGGCGGUGUCGGUGUGGUGUGGGGGGAGUGUAGGGCUGGUCGUUCCCCCAUUUCCCCGUCACGACUCUGUCAGGUCACUGAGUACCUAGCUCUCGAACCAGAGACGGAUAACUAUAGGCUAGCUAAGAUUUUAAUUUUACGCGGGCGAAAAAAUAUUAUACGCCUCCUAAAAGUCUUCGGUAAAAGGGGCUACGUUAAACCAGAUACGAACAAGAAGACGCCCUCGAAUAAGCGUAAACGUGGCCCCGACGAUACCCCCACCACUAAGACUAACACCGCCCUCACGAUUAACCUAGAGGGUAUCCCUAAACGCUAUAUUCGGCGCCUUAGAAAGGCGUUAAUCGCGGCCGCGAAAGAUAUGCCGUCGGAUAAAGAGGAGCUUACUAAGGAGGAGUAG